UAAUUUGUGUUCUGCUUUUAGUUUAGUAUUUUUCGCGGUGUUAUUAUUUAAAAUACUUAACACAAAAAAACGUCACUGACGUUUGAUGGUGAGUUUUGAGUAGGAAGCGAGUGAGAAAACAGAGUAGGAAGCGAGUGAAGGGUUAGAGGGCAGGGUACGAUGAAAGAUGAUUGAAAUUCAGCCACAGAACGAACUUGGAGCAUGCUCUUGAACACUCCUUCCACCCGGAAAUACGAAUAAUUUCCAAAGAUGGCGGAGCAAGGGCCAAUGGCGAUAGCUAUGCGGCUAAGAAAUCAACUCCAGUCCGUAUAUAAGCUCGACCCGUUACGAAAUGAGCAGGAGGAAGUGAAGUUGAAGAUCAAAGACCUGAACGAGCACAUAGUGUGCUAUCUCUGUGCUGGGUACUUCAUCGAUGCCACAACUAUUACCGAGUGUCUGCAUACAUUCUGUAAAAGUUGUAUCGUGAAAUACCUCCAAACCAGCAAGUAUUGUCCAAUGUGCAACAUAAAGAUUCAUGAAACCCAGCCUUUAUUGAACCUGAAAUUGGAUAGAGUGAUGCAAGACAUUGUCUACAAACUGGUUCCAGGACUUCAAGAAAGUGAAGACAAGAGAAUAAAGGAAUUCUAUCAGUCGCGUGGGCUUGAGAGAGUUGUCCAACCACCUGGGGAAGACUCCAUACCAGAUACAGGAUUACCUUUUACCAGCUUUGACCAUUCCAAGGCCCACUUCUACAGAUAUGACGAGCAGGUCUCGCUUUGUCUAGAGAGGCAAAGUUCAUCUCUGUCUGAAAAAAAAGAUAAGACCAAACUGACUCUUCAUGUAAGUCGUGUGGAAUGGAACCCCACUAUGCCACCAGAGCAGAAGUUUGUGCGCUGCUCGGUCCGAGCUGAGGUGAGACACCUGCGUAAAGUGCUGUGUCAUCGACUGAAUGUGGAGAAGCACCAGAUCCAGAUGUUGUUCAAUAAUGAGUCCCUUCCAGAUCACAUGACCAUGAAACGGCUGUGGAUCUCUCACUGGUUUGGCAAGGCUCAACCGUUGGUCCUUCACUACACUAUUAAGGACAAAAGGACAAGAUAGAACUUUUCUUGCCUGGCUACCCAUCCACAUCACUCCGGCCAACUGAUGUUUCUUGUCCACCAUGAGUCUGGGUUUGCCCCCCGACAGUUUCUAGAAUGCACACACAUUCUAAUUGGUCCCAGAAACCGAGGGGUUGGGCCAGAGCUGGCCUACAUGUCAUCAAUUUUGCUACUCUUUGUUAGAUGAUCCAACCACUGAAUUUGUUUUGUACAAAGGCCUUCAUUUUGAAGUCAGACAAACCACUUCUAGGAUGGCAGUUUCAGACUGAACGUAUGUAGUGAACGAUAGACUCAUUGGUUGUUUAGCAACAACCGACUUGUGUGCGACUAUGGGGCAAAACAGAAAAGGUUGGCUUAGAUUGUUGACACGUAAACUAGUCUCCAUGUGCAAAUUUGUUUUAUAUAAACAAUGAGCACUUCUCUUCAUACAUUAGUUGUUGGUUAGCUAGUGGAUUUAUUGCCAUUAGCAUUGACAUGAAAUCAGUCAAACCUCAAAACAAGACAUGGUAUCAAGAACAAGAUAAAACUAGCUGAAACCAGCCACCUAUGAUUCCCCACGCGACAACUCUUUUCAUUGUUGCUAGCUAGCUGACCAUUCAGAAUCUUCACAAAGCACUGCUUCCGGCCUCAGAAUUACAUUUGGGGUGAGAUGUCAGGCAAGGACUUCCCCCUUUCUAAUGACCUCAGCAGCUGUAUAUAUUUUGUAUUAAAUAUAUUCUAUUUUAAUAGUGUGUGUACAUAUUUUGCUUGUUUUGUAUUUUUUUAAAUAAAUAUUUGAAAAUUGA